UUGAAGAGUAUCGAUAAUAAUAAUAAUAAUAACGCCGAACUCAAACAGCUACGACGUGAGGCUGUUCCCUCACCAAAUGACAAGACAAGACAAGUUGCAGAACAACCCGCACACGUGGAUACCGCCGUAAAUACCCCAGUGGUGGCUAAUUCAAAUGAUGAUGGAACAUUCGCCCAGGAACUAGAAAUGAGGAUUACAUUGGAAGAGGCGAUUAUGGAAACGCGCAAUACGCCUCUUGAAAAUCGACCGCGACUUCCCCGCAUAGCCCUAAGAAGGCGGAAUCAGGCUGUCGUGAGGGCUCUGAACCCAAUGCUGGUGACCUAUUUGGAAGCCAGCCGGUACCUUUGCGAUACGGACUCAAUUCUUUUUGGCGCCACGCUGGCAGUCUGCCGUAUCAUAGGCGCCAAGGUUUCCACGGCUGGACACGCUACUGGCCAAAGCAGCGUUAUUCCAGCAUAG